CUGCAUCAAUAUUGAAAAUGAGUAAUUUAUUCGCCGUCGCUGUUCUGAUCUUGUGUUUGCAGUGUCGCAGCAACGCACAGAUCACUGGCGCACCUUCUCCAGCACCGGCGAACGCCGCUGUCCAUGCCCCGCCCCCGGGGAAAACUCCUGCCCCGGUAUCUACUCCGACGAGCCCUCAUUCGUCCCCGGCGAAGUCUCCGGUGUCUUCUCCGCCUUCAAAAGUUUCUCCAUCAGUUCCGAUUAGUUCUCCGAAACCCAGCCCGUCUGCUUCCCCGGCACAGGCCCCUACGCAGAACGCUGUUUCUCCGGCGCCGUCUCAGUCCGCCAAUGUGCCUGCUCCGAGUCCGUCUCAGGCGAGUUCUCCGCUUACCCCAGUGAGCAGCCCUACACCGGAGUCAUCGCCUCUGCCUUCGACCCCAGCGAGUUCCCCGGAGGCAGAGGUUCCGGCUACCGCUGCCACUCCAUCCGCGGGUGUUCCUUCGAGUUCUGCAACACCAUCGGAGUCUCCGGACAUGUUCCCGUCCAGCAGUACUCCGCCGGUGAGUUCGGCGCCGGAAAGCGCACAAGGGCCAGCGGCUGAUGAUACCUCCGGUUCAAACUCGGUAUACGAGGUGUCGGCUGUUCUUGCUGCGCUUGCUCUUUCGGCCGCUUUGGCCAUUUAAGAAUAGGUCUACACCAUUUCUUAUUACAUAUUCUUUGUGAGAUAGAAGUAGUUUUUGCGAGUUUUGUUGUACCGUACCUACCCUGCUGUACUUUACUUCAUCUUACUGAAUUUCGAUUUAUUACAGUGUGUGUAAGAAAGCCA